AAUCCAGAAUGAUAUGUUUCAGUCAGCGCUGCAUUUAGCGGUAUACACUGAGCAGCUGAACAUUGUGCAAGAGCUGCUGCAGAAAGGGGUAAAUCUCAAUCCACAGGACUGGGAUGGGAACACUCCCCUCCACCUCGCCUGUCAGCACCAGCUGGUCGACUGUGUCAGGCUACUGACAAGCAACACAACUGGACAGAAGGUCAAUAUGGAGCUGCAGAACUGGCAAGGUCGCACAUGUCUCCACAUAGCGACCCUCACAAGGAACCAGACGAUCUUAGCCAUGCUGUUGCAAGCAGGAAGCAACAUUAACUCCCAGGAUGGUACCAGUGGGAAGUCCAGCCUCCACCUGUCUGUGGAGUGUGGAGACCGUGCCCUCGUGCGUUUCCUGCUGAAGAUGGGAGCCGCUGUCAAUGCCGUCAUGUACAACGGCUGCAGUGCCCUCCACCUGGCAGUGGGCAGAUGGGACACCCAGACUGCAGACAUCCUGUGCCAGGCUGGAGCAGAUCCCUUACUGGCCAAUGUGGAGGGGGACACUGCCUGGGACCUGGCCUCUGACAACAUUGAUAUCCUUGCGCUGUUUCCAUUCGAUGAUAUCAAAUUGAUGGGGAGGCCAGUGACAUGUUCUGACUUUUGAUAACUUAUUGGACGUUAAAUAUACACGGGAGAGAGAGGGAGGUGAAGGAGUAGAGAAACCAGACACAGCUUCAUCAUUCCCACAAAGACCUGGGUCAACUACUAACCAGUCACUCAAGAUUGACAAGCCAGUGGAGUUCAAAGGUCAUGACCUUUUACAUCGCGACAGGAACUUUGGGAUGUGUGCAUCUCAAUGACCUGCUGUAGGACAAUGACAUAACAAGAAAGAUUGCUGCACCAUCUUCCACAAUCUCCACCCGUUUUGUUGUCAAUACAAUAUUUUGGCGGCUAUGUACGAGAUCAAAUUGCAUACAGCAACACCCCCCCCGCCCCUUA